AUGUCUACCAUUAAGUUUGAUUAUAAACAAUACCUUCCUACAAUUGACGCCAUUUUAAGUGUUGCCAAUUUGGAAGAAAUAACUGUGAAAAGAAUAAGAAAUGCAUUACAAGAAUUAUUUGAAGUGGAUCUAACCCCAAAUAAGAAACAAAUCAAUGAAGUGAUAUUACAACGAUACCAUGAUUUAGUUGAAAGACGAGAAAAUGAUGAAAAACGCAAACAAGAAAUCGAUAGGAAAGAAAUGGAGAGACAAGAUGCUCUUUUGGCAGCUAAGUUACUGAGAGAAGAAAUGGGUAGGUUUGGGAAACGAACUAUUCGUAAGGCAACACAAACAGCAUCAAAAAUAAAAUCAUCGAAAUCAAAAUCCAAUACAAAACGUCUGGCCCCUAAUAAUGCUUUUAAUAGAGAAAUGGCAUUAUCUCCAGAAUUAACCAAUGUGAUUGGUGUUGAUAAAUGUUCAAGGCCACAGGUGGUAAAACUUUUAUGGGCAUAUAUUAAAGAUCACAAUUUACAAAAUCCCCAAGAUAAACGACAAAUUGAAUGUGAUGAAAAAUUGCAAAAAUUAUUUAAAAAAAAGAGUGUUGGUGCAUUCCAUAUGAAUAAGAUUUUAAGUGAUCAUAUCUUUAAACCAGAAGAUUGGGAAACAAGUUUUUCUUCCACUGGAAUUGGAAGUAGUAUGACUGAAGAAGAUCCUGAUCCCGAUACUACACAAGACUUUGCAAAUAAUGUCAAAGAGGAAAGUGUUUCAGAAGAAGAGUAA